AGCAGGACAAGGGGACCCUUGCAGAGAUCUUUCAUCCAAGGACCCAUCAAGCGCACCAUACCCAGCUCUUCCCCGCCUACAGAUUCCCUUUGAUAGCCAUGAGGACCCUUCUUUGGACCCUGCUCUUGCUGUGCCUGUGUGUGCCGGUGCGCAGUGACUGCCAGAGGGACUGUCUCUCUUGCAGCCAGCGCCUCUUCCAACAUGACACCUUCAAUACGCUGGUGUGCAUUGUCGAGUGUGGGGGAAAGGUUUCGACUGCCGUCACCUGGGAGAUAUGCCGGAAGGUUGUGGGUUUGCCACUAGGGGGUGUAUUAGAGAGAGAAGUGGUGGCCCAACUGCCCCUGGAGGAGGAAGGCUUGCUUUACACUGAAGUACUGAAGCAAUUUACUGACAUCACUCGGGCCUUUGGAAUGGACAACAUCGAAGGAGAGAAACUGGUCUCCAAAAUCACAGGGGCUUUCCACAGAGAGGAGGAGGUAGAUGAGAGCCUGUUAGAAGAUAACAAUGCUCAUGGCACUCCUGAGGUGACCAAUGGCCUGUCUAAGCGUUUUGGAGGUUUCAUGAAGGGAAAGUAUGGCUACAGGAAACUUAUGGGCCCUGGCCAGUCCUUGCAGAAGCGCUACGGAGGAUUCAUAGGCAUCCGAAAAUCUGCCCGCAAGUGGAACAAUCCAAAGCGUUACAAUGAGUUGCUGAAGCAGUACCUGGGCAUCUCAACACGCUCUAAUAAGUAUGGCAGCAUAUAUGCUGACAUUUCCAAGCAGGAUGCGAUCUAGGACUAACUGGAGUUUCCAAUAUUAAAACCCUUAGGGCAUGUUAAUUUGUUUUGUUUUGUAACCACAACAAGAAGAUGUAGAUAAUAAAAUGUAAACGUUAAAAAAGUCGUUGAAACGCAACUUUUGUCAGAAUAGUGGGAUCUGAUUGUCUCAACUACAUUUCAAAUCUAUUGUUUUUUUUUUGUUUUUUUUUUCUUUAAAGCAGUUAACUUUAAGAGGCAGCUUACAUUAUUUUGUCUGGGAAACCCCAUUCACAUGUUACCAGUCCUUUCCAUUAAAACCUUAACAUCUUUGCCUUUUCAAAAAAAUAAUUUGCCUGUCUGUUGGCAUUUACAGCCAUUUGCUAAACUAAAACUAUAAAAAUCAUUGUUGCUUCAAUGCACCACAUUCAUGUUCAAUUUGACCCUAAAUAUAUAAUUCUGUGGUGUUUCUUUAGUGCAUUAUUCCAGCUCUCUCUCUCUCUGGACUCCACCUUUGCAAACUAGACAUGAUUGUGCUACUAAGUAAUUACAACACAUUCAAGCAAGAAGAAAAGCAGAUAUUAAUAAGGAUUUCCAUUUUCACCCAAAUGUACAUAAAGAUCUACUGAGUUGAUAUUAUAUGGUAAAAUUCUUCUCAAAUAUGUAAACACUAUUU